CCCGUGUGAUAAGCAGCGAGAACCAAAAUGGCGGCAUUCGUGGCGAAGCAGAUGGUCGGCAACAAGCUGAACGCGGUUAAAGGAGCUGUUGGUGGCGAAGGAGGAGACGAAGAUGACAAGGAGAAGGAGGAGGAGGCUGAGAGGGACAGGUUGGAAGCCAUGAGAGAGGCUGAAGAGCGAAGGAAGGAGAAGCAUCGCAAAAUGGAGGAAGAACGAGAGAAGAUGCGACAGAUGAUGAGGGACAAGUACAACAUAAAGAAGCGGGAAGAGAUCCAGGAGAUGACUCAAGAAGAGCCUAACCCUCUGAUGCGCAAGAAAAAGACGCCAGAGGAAUUGGCCGCGGAAGCUGAGGCGGAAGACGAAGACGAGAUUACAAGAAUCAAAAACGCGAUAGACGCGCAAAUUAAAGAGAUCAAAGAGCAAAUGGAAGCGAAAUGCGACCUCCAAUAAGCCUACCAAAACACCCUGGAAGAAGCGGUCGGUAAGGAGGGUGGCGCCGUCAUGUGUCAUCGCAGGGCCGCAUCCGCCUCUCAGUCAAAGAAUGAGCGAGAUCUGACGUGUGUUGUUGUUCUUGUUGUUGUUGUUGUUUUUCGAGCGAGCAAAAUCGAGGAGAACGAUAAAUGGAACGCCCAUCACCGCUACUAUAAU